AUGUUUUAUGUAACAAGAUUGACAGGUAGCCCAGUAUGCGUGUGGUCAUGGAAACGUAGAGGUAUUGCCAAUAAUAGCAAAAAUAAAAGAAUAUGGCAUUUAAGAGAUCAGAUUACUUCAACAAAAAUGGAAUCUGAAUUGAAUAUGCUAGAAUUAGAAAUGGAAAAGUUGGAGGGAAGAAAGGCUGUUCACCAAAUAGCCAAACAGGGGUGUUAUGCAUAUUAUAAUAUAGAAUUUGGACCAAUGGAACAAGUGUGUAAGACUCCAGAAUGUCAAAAUUUUCCACCUAAUAUUUACAAGAGAAGAGAACCAACUGGUAUGAAACUUAGAGAAUUAAACCCAGUGAAUUAUGAUGAAAGUACACCACUAGAGAAGGAUUUGGCUUCAGAUUAUUUGGAGAUCAUGUCAAGAAUGUCAUCUGUUCAUAAAGAUUAUGACACAUUCGCUUAUAAAUAUGAAGAUCAUGAAGAGGAACAUGUAGAUGAAAUUGAUAAAUUCUUUAUGGACAAAGAAGGUAAUGGCAAGGUUUAUAAUGAUCACAUUAGUAAUGAUAAUGAUGAUAAUCAUUUCAUAGAACACAUAGAAGAACAUCAACCAACAACUCAUCGAUCAUGGUUCCUCUGUAGUGGUAUUAAUGUUGGAAAUGAACUGGCAAGAUAUGUAAAGACAAUCCCUGAGGCUCAUAAAUGCUUUCUGAUUUAUACAUUAAUAAAAUCUUUUUUUUCAAAAGAAGAUUGGGAUGAAAUUAAUGAGAGUUUUAAAAGAGACGUGAAAUUAAUUGAGUCAAACAUACCGAAUAUUGUUGAAUACUUUUUUGAUGAAGUAGAAAAGAUAAUAAAGAAAGAUGAUGAAAAUAUCAUCAACACAAUUGAUAAUUUGACUCUGGAAACCAUAGAAAAAAAUCAAAGCAUAAAGUUAACAAAUGAGGAUAAAGAAAUUAUUAUGAGUUUAAGAUGGACCAUCAUCACAUAUGCUGAAAACUUGAAAGAUCUCAAACUUCCUAUUUCAGAAGCCGACUUUGAUAAUUCAUUUCUGAAUAUGUUGGCAAAAGGAUUUUUGGACAAACAUGAUCUAAAAAUGGAUGUUGUUAAUAACCUUGAAGCCAUCAUUGGUCUUAGGAGUGGUGGUCUCCCAGUUGUCCAUUGUAAAAAAGUUUUUGAAGAUUGGGUUGAUCUUGCUGUAGCUAUGCGUGAUGUUUUAUAUAAUUUUUUUAAACAAAUCCUAAUGCACCCAGAGAUGAUCUUCACCACACAUACGUUCUUGGAAUUCAAUCAUGAGGGUGGACCUAUGAAAUCUAUGGAAUGGACUGUAAUGCCAGGAAUGUGUUAUGCUUUGGAAGACUUUCCCAAAUCAAGAUGCCCAAUACCCUGA